AUGAACAAGACUUAAUAAACUCUGUAACAAAAUGUAUUACUCGUUAAUGUUAGUUAAUAAAAAUACUCACUCUUACCAAGACCAUGUGACUGAUGUCAUUAUUAAUGUCAGGACUGUCUCUUAAACUCAGUCUGGAUUCCAGGAUAUGCCUUGACUACUUGCCUGGCUUGUUUUCCGCACCAGUUCUCGCUCAAUGCAUACUGUGUAUUGUAGACUUUUUUAUCCUCUCUGAAACCCAAAAUGAUUCCUACCAUGCUGCUCUCACCUCAACCCCCUUACUUUACCUAAGCCAUCUAUCAACUCUUAAACUCAGAUGACCUAUGACACUUAUCCUUCCCUGUCCUCCUAUUUCUGACAAGAGGAGAGCUGGAGAAAAGACUGACAGACCCACUCUUAUAUCAAGCACUUUUUCACACCAGCAGAUCAAGCAAGAGAACCGUUGGAAGGUUCUGGAUAAAGUCACUAUAAAGAACCUACAGAACAGCUUGGUCUGUUUUGAGCUAAAUGAAAGGUUAAUAGUCCUUUGCCUUCAGUCCUCUGUAAAAUCUUCCUACCUGAUUUCAUUAGUUGAAGAACUGGAAGAAGCUAUAAAGAAAUUAUCUGUGACUAUUGUGCUCCAUUAUGAGUGGCUGCAUCCCAGCAGAGUGGUUGUGGCCACCCUCCCCAGCAGAGAUGUUAGCUGGGCAUUGUGUGAACUCCAGGCCCUGUAUUACUGUGGCCCUCCAGAGCCCGGGUCUGAACUCUCCAUGAAGGAGAGAGAACAGCUACUGCACCGGUUCAGCAGGAAUAUAAUUUGCAAUAACAAAUCUUGUAUUCAUUUCUUUAAAUCAAAGCCUCUCUCAGAUGAGCUGUUGUCAUGGCUCUGUGAUGAGCUCACUAAGGAUAAUGCAGCACUUAUGUUUCUCCAUCUCAGUUGCUCCACUGUUCAAAUCACUCCACUUCGUUGGCCCGCUGUGACCCGUGCAGGGAGGCCUGACCUUGCCAGAGAGCUACUGCUCAGGGAAGCUGCAGAUGACAAAAUGAAGAAACCAGGAGAAAUGUGAAAACCAGACUAGAUUCACCAACAGCAGGUUACAUACAUUCAUACAUGACAAGAGACAAUAUAGACAACAAUAGCAACAAGAGGGCUAUAGUUAUAGCAAACACCAUGGGUCACAUGACAAGAAUCAACCAAUAAGCAAACAGAACUGAGAGUUACAUGACAGGACAAUAACCAAUCAGAACAUGGCACAUUGAACAGAGGACCCAUAGCAAGAAUACAAGAGGGCAAGGGAAGCUUGACACUAACAGCAUAAAUCAAAUUACAAAAUAAAAGA